AAAACUGGCUCUGUUAUUUGGGUCCGGUAGGUGAAUGAAAGAAGAUUGAAUUGAAAUUCAUUUUUUUCUUUUUUGCAUGUGCCGAUUUCAGAUUUGUUUUUCUUCCUUCAGAAGAAAUGAGGAAAAAGCUCAAAAAGAUUUUUAAAUGGCAUCACAAAAAGAACAAAAAUCCAGCGGUCCCCACUUUUGAGGAGAAUCUACAAGCAUGCCGCUUUGUGGACGCAGGGAAACAACUGAUCACCCGAGAACACCGUCUGUUUGAGUUGAAGAAGGAUGGGAUUGGAUCCAAAAUGAAGCUGGUGGAGGAAGAGGAAGAUUCAGGGGCUAGACUAGCAAAAGACUACGAGGACUGGCUGGAGUCGGUGAUGCAGACGCUGGAAAACUCCCUCGACCUCCAGAGUCCUGAGGUGCUGAAAGAAGCAGUCCAAGCCAUACUGCAGGAGGAGGAGCAGGACAUGCGCUGGGAAGGGUUUCAAGACAAGGAACGCCCACCAUGGAGACCGAGGAGGUCUAAACAGAGCCACGAUGCUCUGCUGGAGAGACUCGUUCAGAGGAGGAUGGAAGAAACACAGUUAGACUCAAGAACUGAGAUACGUUCCUGCUUGCAGCAAUCCAUCAUUUGCAAAGUGAAACGUCUGAAAGAAGACUUGCUGAAAAUUGCAACUUGGGUGAGCGGCUGCUACCCAGAACAGAUGAAUGUGUGCCAGUUUUAUGCCACACUGUACCAUAAGACCUUCAGUGCAAGUCUGAGUGAAGUCACAGAGUACACAUUGUGUGAUGAGGACUGCAUACUUUUAUUGCAGUUGGUGAACCAGGAUUACCCCAAUAUUCUAAAUGGCAGGAUAAUAAAAGAAGUGAUUGAUCACUCAAAGCUUGAUCCGCUGCUUCCUGAAGACAAGAUUGCACCACUGGAACAGCAGUUUUUGACCAUAGAAGAGAGAGAGGUGAGGAAGUGCCUUCACAAAAUUUUGGACCGAGAGGAAUCAGCCUGGAAGGAGGGAGAACUUCCACAGCUGAGAGACCAGGUGUUCUGCUGUGAUCAGGCCAUUGAUGUCAUCCAGUGCUUACAUAAACAUGUAGAGUGUGCUCAAAAAGUGUUAGGCGAUGAGACAAAAGCACAGAGGAUCACAUGUCAGAUGAGACAUUUUCUGACAGAUUACAAAGCAUUUCAUGCGAAGGCCAUGAAGAGCAAGCAGACCAACACUGAGGCUGUCUUGAUGGUCAACCUCUCAUGCCUCAUACAGUGCAGAGACUACAUUACAAGCAAAGCACAUCUGUUCCCUGAAGAUGUGAAAACUGAUUGUCUCUCUUUAUUGGCGACCAUGAUAAAAGGCAGCCACCAACAUUUCACUUCUAAUAUGCUUAAGAAUCUCAAGGACUUGUACAGGAAGGUGGGUUCCAGCGAGUGGCUCAACGACAGCGAGGGUGUAUGUGAAGAGCUGCUUGCAGAGCUGGACAGACAUAUUCAGAAAUUCAACAAUUUGGACAGAAUCUGUUGCCAGGAGCUGCUUGGGGGAAUGCAUAAGGCAUUUCUAGCUGAAUUUGUCCGGAAAAUGAUGAAGCAAAAAAUCAAACUUUCAGAUAAAACACAGCAACAGAUGGCAGCAUCAUCACUCUGCAUAAACAGUGAACGUAUUCAUACAUACUUCACUGCAGCUGGAUCAAACAUGGAUUGGUUGAAAGACAUCCUUCCCAAUUUAGCGGGCCUGCUGAAGCUACAGGAUCCUGACACUAUAAAGUUAGAGCUGGCAAGUCUGGUGACGCUUUACCCUGAUCUCAGUGAGUGUCAUAUUUCUGCUUGGCUGAGACUCAAGGGAAAUCUUUCUCCAUCGGACCUCAAGGAGAUCCGGGAGAGCAUCACUUUCAGCAAGGAUCAGCUCAGGGAAACGCAGGACUCACUCCAGUUUGGCAAGAGCUUUUUUUCUAUAGUGAUGAUCAAAUGAAUUUUGGGUCGUAACAUUGCUUGUGCAUAUUUGCUUGCUUUUGUAGAACUGCUUGUGCUUGAUCAUUUUGCAAUCAUUUUGUACAUACUCAAAUUCUUUGUGAUAAAAUUGCGUAAAAAAAUCACCAUUUCUACAUUUUGUGUUAUUUCUUUGUCUUUGUUUUUUACUCUACGGUUUACCAAUGUAAUGUGGAUUAUGAAAAAUAAAUGUGUCUUGUUA